AUGUAGCAACAUUAUUCUUAACAACGUAUACCUUAAGCCUUUUAAUAACCAUAGAGGAAUGCUUCCAAUUCUCCUCUAUAACGAGUUGCUCCUCCUCAACCUUUUACACCUACUUAAAGCUAACCAAGAUAAAAAUAUGAAGUCGAGACUAAUAAUCAUUACUCAAGAGAUUUGAGAGUCAAUAAUAGAUAGGCUAGCAAUUUGCCUAAUGGAUAAAGUUAUGAAAAGAUGGAGUAAAGAAUUUAAACUUUGGAAAAAGAAAACCAGAAUCUGAAAAAAUAACUUGAAAAUGCUAAUAAUCAAAUUCAAAUAUUAAAUCAAAAAGUUAAUUAGAAUCCAAGUCAAUGUCUUCUUAAAACCACUACCUUUGAGCUUGUUGUUCUUUAAAAAGCUGUUGAAUAAUUAGAAGGACUGAAGAAUGGAUUAACUAAAAAAAAGUUGUUAGGAAGUCAUAAUCAAACAACGCUUCCUGAAUCCUAAAAGGAUAGCGCCAGUGAAUUUAAGAGCAAAGUAACUUUGGCAGAAGACAAAAUUAGUUAACCAAUUUAAUAAUCAUAAGCUAAGCUACUCUUUCCAAAGGAACUAAAUGUCUAAAAUUAAUAAUCUAAUCCUCCAAAUAAAGAGGAAACGAAAGAAGAAACAAGAUUGGGAAGAAAAGUACUAGGAAAUACAUAAUCCGAUUAAGUUGAUGAAAGACCAAAGACAAGUCCAAUUAAAUAUCUAAAUGUAAAAGCUAGUGUCAAUUAAAUAUCAUUAAGAAUAUCUCCUAAGGCAAAAUCAGAAAUAUCAUAAAACUGA